AUGGCUACGUCAACACCAGCAUCCACAUCUUCGUCGUCCACAUCUGCCAGCGAUCGACAAUGGGUUGUGGAUUUGGAGAAUUACGGAAUCGACGGAUCAUUCAAACUGAAACAUUUAUUGACGACAUGCUCGGAUCCAAUUGAAACAAUCAAAGAAUUUCAGGAGAAGAACGGUCUUAAGGUUCGUUGCAUUUUGUCCGAUUUCUGUGGACCAAUACCAAAUGUGUUAUUACAGUUACCCACCCUGAAAUCAGCAAUGAAACUGCUCGAUUUACAUAAUAUUCGUCGGACUGAAUUCCAUGAAAUGGUUGGUCUUUACAAUUUUAUGUAUUGUAACGUUAAGGUAAUCAGUGAUAUGAGUGAACGUCUUCUGUCCAAAUUGCGGUCAGUUGGUGCGAGUGGAACGAAAGAAGCAAUCGGUAAGCUGGAGCAACAACUCGAGAGGAGUUUCAAACUCUAUCGAGUCCCUAAAAUACGACCAAUUGUACUGGAAACUCUGAAGCAGUUACCAAAAGUACCCGAUCGAUAUCUGAAAGUGAUUGUGGCCGAUAAAGAAUUCUAUAAUAGUUGUGCGGUUUCGGUUCGACAACAGAUCUGGUUGAAAAACGAUACGUUGUAUUUGGAGGCAAUCUGCCCGGUGAUUGAUUCAUAUAUUGCGGCCAAAAACAAGAUUUUAUUGACUGUCGACCAAACUUCGCUGAACUUCUUCACUUUGGAAACAACAAAAGCCAGACGACAGUGGUCACAGGUUCAAGAAUUGAUCUCAAUAGUGGGCGAACGUGAGCAGCUUUAUGAGCGGUUGAUAGAUGUGAUUCGGGAACGCUUCUUGAAAACUGCAGAUGUAAAAUAUUGCUCAUUGCGUAUGGAAUUGGUGAUGGCGGCACAUGAUGCAAACGUUGAUACGAUUAUCAAAAUGGAUGUAUGUCACGAUUUUGCAUGGUGUCUUGAUGCGUGUGUUCGCGAUAAACACUUAGAUGCGCAACAGACCAGUAAAUUGAAAAAUAUACUGGAAUCAACAAAAAAGUUCACACCAGAGAUGAUCGCUGAUAUGGCGAUGGUGGCUGCGGAUGCACAUGUGGUACAUUUUUUAAGCUCAAUGUCAGUGAAGGUUUUAAAAGAUACGGCGUUGAAUUGCAGUGGACAUUUGCCACGAGAAGUGCUUUCACUCCAGCUUUUAUUAAGGCUUCUAACACUGGGUGCAUCAGCCCAUCAGAUUGUCAGUAGUAAAGAUGCGUCUUCAGCACAGUUAGUUGAUGCUCUCGUCUUCACGAAGUUUCUGUCAGCGAUGACUUCAUUGAUUGUUGAGGAUCUGGUUAGGGCAGAACUGGCUCGAGCACCUGCUUAUCGAGAACCAUGGGCACACAUAAUCACGCAUCGCAUAGUGCAAUCAACUCCUUUCGAGAAUCUGCUUGUGAACGAAGAGGCAGCGAUGUGUAUCAUUGAUGACUACAUGUUGAGUGGACUUGAGAUCGACAAAGGAAUGAAGUAUCAUUUGUUGAGGGUUAUCAACUUGCAUGGGACAACAAUCGGUGAACAGCGUGUUCGCUCGUUAAUGGAGAGGAUUGCGCCAGAUAAUAUAUUCGAACCGGGUGCCAUAGAAAAUGAAGAAGAUGUGAGACAGUUCACAGCUGAAUACGAGCGCAUCCAGGCGAAACUAACCGACAAAACUGUGGUUGCAACAGCCGAAGCGAUUGCGCCCACAUCCCCGAUCGCACCGGUUGUUACUCCGUUGCAAGCCAUCGCAGGUGCAGGCGAUUCAGUGGUUCAGUCGUCGAUUACAUGA